AUGACGACUACUUGGAAGGAAAUAGGAGUUGUGCCCGACUCGGAUGAAGAGGACGACUCUUUGGACUCGCAAACUACAUUGAAUCCCGAGCAACACGACGAUAUUGAUGCAAUACCUGACGUGAAUCCGACCCUACUUCAUGUUGAAGCGGAGACAGAAGCUACAUCUGUAGAUGACAUCUUCGGCGAGCAUCCAAACUGUUCCCAGACUAAUGUGAUCUCCCAAGAGCUCGUAACUGGAGAACUACCACCGGAAAUACGGUCUGGAACACAGCUGCAAAAUGGCAGUUCUCCAAACCCGUUGGCCGGCUCGGGGCCCAGGCAGGGCCCUCAGCCGCAGUCCAGCCCGGUGCUGGCAGCGGUGAGGCAAAGCACUCCUGGCUUAGUAGAAAACACAGCCCAGGAAGAGGUAUCUCGAAGCUAUGUUGGCCUGUUGUCAUCGCCCACUUCAAGCCUCUCUUCAUUGGGUUCAACGCCAACGCAAAGCCCUUACAGAUCUAGCAUCCUGCCGCCAGGUAACGAAGAGCAGUCCGAGGGGUCCUAUGCAGCACUGGGCCUGUCCUUUGAGGAGGUCAGGCACCAAGGGACGUUGAUCUUCGACGAUGCGAAUACUUUCGAACCGGCUUAUCGACGCUCCUUUCGACCACGAACGGAGAUACAAUUGCACCCCUAUCUUCUAGACAGUGAGCGUCACCGCAGAGACUUUAUGGCGCGAGGAUUACGACCCAUGCGGUUCACACCGGCCCAACAGACGACCCAAGGCGCACCUCAGAAUGGAGAUUCUCAGGAUACCGAGUUCGAAGUAGAGGAAGACAGUCAGAAAACCGGAAUCGAAGAUAGCUACGACAUUUUUGGCUCAAGCCAAAAUUUGAUGUCAUCGCCUAGACGUGCUCAUAGAUCUGCUGUGGAGGUUGAUGAUGGGCUACAGUCACUUCCGUCAAGCUUCAGGUCGGACGGGUUAGAUUCAGACGACGUCGAACUCCCCGAUAUAAGCACUCUUAUAGAUCAAGCGCGUAGAGGCGUUGUUGGCACCAAAAAGAUCGGCAAUAGUAGUCGCAAACGAACUCAUGGUGCUGCCCAUUCGCGGCCAAACGGUUCCCAACUUACGUCUAACGCAUCCAAAAACCCCUUGCCAACAAUAAUCGACGUUUUUGAUGUACCCCAGUCGCCACCUAUGACGAGCCCUCCUAUCCCGUCACUCACUGCCUGGGCUGGCACCACAGAAGGAACCGUCUCAGGGCGUGGAUCCGAUAUGACUGUAGAAUCUGUAGCAAACCGUUGCAAUGUACGACAUCGCCUAGGAGUUACUGAUCUCCCGACACCAGCGACGAGCUCUGUUAAGCGCACAAAUGAUCACUCCGAUGAAAUUUGUGUAAUUGGAGAUGACCCUUUUAUAUCAAGCAGUGAAGGAGAGGCACCUCAGUCGUCUCCACCAAAAGAGCCCACUAAGGUGCGAAAGCUGCUCAGAGGAGUGCUUCCUGCAUCGCAUAUUCGUGUUAAUCCACAAACUCGGGGGAUUCAACAAAAUGCACCUAGAACAGCAGCCAGGGACAGCUUCAAUCAUUCGCCACUUCUGCCUGAAAUCCGACGGGGAAUAGCCCUGCCGAGGGUAGCUGAUGAAAUGACGGCUUCAGCUCCUGCUAAUCCAAGAACGGGGCUGGGCUUCCUCUCCGACGAGUCCGAUGAGGAAGACUUUGGAAGCCAUGGGAUUGUCAAAGAGUCGGGUCAAGAUUCCCAGUCGGUUUUUACUCAGUCGGACUUUGGAUUUGCGACUGAGGACAAUGCAAUUGACCCGAUGAUUGUACCAAGGAAGCGCCAACGAACCCUCUUUUCUAACGUUGGAAAUCGAAAGAAAAGAAGGGUCGUCACUUCUUUAUUUAAGCCCACGCAUGGUACACCCUCCUACCAACCCAGAAUCUCGGAAUUGCUUCCAGAUCCAUGUCGCUCACCUGUUUCCACACAGCGGAGCUCAGUUAGCAGGGUUAAUGGGCCAUCAUUGGCACAAGAAGUUUUGGCAAAGAUUACUUCCCGAUCAAGACCUUCGCCGCGCAAGAUCCAAGAGGUCAUGCCUAAUUUUAGUGAACCUGUUACGCAUCAACCAAGGUUCAUUCGGAUUGCUGCUCGUAGUGCCGGGUCCAGACAUGCGCUUGGAAGACAGGGACCAGUCAGAAAGUUUGUACGGCUCGAUAAUCGCGAAGAUACUAUCGAUGCCCAGACUGUCUUGCGAGAAUGGAGAGGGAAACAUGCGAAAUACCGAACACCAUCAUUUACCCCCAGGUCACCCCUUAUCUCUGAAGAAUCCGGAAAUCAAAGGAGCCUCUCGUCGAAUACCGUCAAGGUACCAGCCGUGAGCCGCACAACAAGACGCCCUGGCAAUUACCCAAAGGUUCGCGUCACAAAUCACCAAACGAAGAUAUCUUGGGCGUCUACGAACCCACAGGUAGAAUCGCGUGUGAAAUUGGGGCAUAACAAACGCAGCAAACAAUACUCCACAAGGCCGACUUCCAAUCGUGCCCCGCGUUCGGCGCCCCAGCCAAGAUCUGCGCAGCUUGAAAUAUCCGAAGCUGAUUAUAGUAAUCGUGAUCGCCGGUCGGCAUUUGGAUCUACGAAACGAAAUUUAGACAAGUCGUACGAAAGAUAUCAAAAUGGCUCUGCUACAGAAAACCACAUACCUCUCGCCAGGUUUCUGGCCAACGAAGGUUUUGUUGGCAACAGGAAUGGCACUUCAGAGGCAGAAACUGGAAAUCGAGACGGGGAGGGAAUAAUAAAUAUUGUCGACAAAGGCAUUCCGCAAGCUCGCCGCCAAAGGAAACGCACUCCUAAACAACUCGACGCCACUGCAGCGAGGUUUCGGCAACCAGAUAAACCUAUGCUUAUUGCUCCAAUCGAAAUACCGACCUCGUCUAAGGCCGUACAUGAUUAUGGUGGCAAGCUAUACGGACUUGGUGGUGCUGAUACCGAUUAUCCCAUCGAUUUCGAUAUCUUCCCUCUACGAUCAGGGGUUUAUUUUCACGAAUCUACGUUUAUCGGCCAAGGAACGCUUGCCAAGGCCAUUGGGACGGAAUCUUCUAGGUGUUAUGGCCAUCCCAGAGGCUAUGUUUCAGCUCAAUUUGGCACGCAGCACGUAAAGUGGGACGUGUGGGAUGCCAAUGUGUCGUCGGAAAUCGGUAUAUACUUCGACUGGAUUGUUAGUCGACUGAAUUCGUUCGGUACGGCAUCUCUGAACGGAGUGAAGAGCGACGUGGAAGAAGAUACGGUCCGGUGCAUGCUAUUCAUGAUAGACUAUUUCCAAAACACCCUGGCUUUUGAAAGUCGCGAAGAGCAGGACAUGUGUCUGCAAAGCAUGACCGAAGUCAUGGAACGACUCACGCAAUGCCUCGAGGUACUCGUCAGCACCCUGGAUUUUCGAGAUGACUUCAAUAAUCGCCGAAUCAUGGAUUUGUCUGUUUUUGAGGUUGUUCUUAUUUUCCUGACGCUUCGGAUGUCGGCAACACAUGGUGGCAAUGUAAGCCAACGUACCACUGGCCAACUGGAAACUUUGCUGCAAAGAACAGCUACAACUUCGGUGAAGCUGCUCUUUAUUGUUGGCUUAUCGUCGGUGCAAAGCCUAUAUGACGACCUCCAAUAUCUUGCAUCGCGCGAAGCAGGCAUCAAAAGUUCCGAAAGCCCUACCCAGGCGUGGGUAAUACUAAUGCAUAUCAUGCAUGCGGCUCGAAUCCCACGCGUUACCUUUUGGGAUGCUGUCAACUUGCAGUUGCUAGAAAAUAUAAGCAUAGAAGGCGAUGCUCGGGUACUUGAGAAAACAUGGUACUCAGCAUUUUCAUUGCUCCCGCUCAUGGAAUUUAAUGAGCUUGGGGUCCUCGUCACACGCUCGAGGUAUCGCGCAACGGCAGAGAAUUGGGUAUUGCCCCAAAAGAUAGCGAAAAGAUUGUUCGAGUUGUAUGCGUCUGAUACAGAGCAACCCCGAAAUUUCAAUAAGUACUACCAAGCAACCUUUAGCCGAUGCCAUCACUUGAUUCAGGUAUGGGGCUGGCGUCGCUAUGGUUCGAUUGUGGGAACAUUUUUCGACUUCUUCGCCUCUUACGGAUUCUCUCAUAUAGGGGGCGAAAUGAUGGCCACCUCGCCAGAAUUUAUCAAUGACCUGGAUGGUGCACUCUCCUCAGCCAUUGAUUCCGAAGACCAAUGCUUCCAUAUAUUUCUGAAGAUUGUUCACUCGGCUAUUAAGCAGUUGCGCGAGGCUGGCGAGGCAAAAGAGAUACGGAAUCUCGUUACACGCCUCCUUCCGAACCAUGACCUCCAGUAUCAAGAGGGGCCUUCUAAAGCUACAAACACUACUUCGCUUCGGAACCAUCGUGAUCUCUUGUCCACUUUAUACUGGGCAGCUCCGCCAGAGGUGCAGCAUAAAAUCAAUAUGAUGUUGGGUCUGGUAAACCAGGAAAUAUCCAAAAAGGAGGCGUACUCGAGAAAUGCCAGGCGGGUAUAG